UAUGAAUAAAUAGAGACGUUAGAAAAUACUUCCUAUUCAAUAACUUUAGGCUAAACUUAAAUAGUUGAAAUAAAGUAUAAGAGCUAGUGAAAUCAAAUCUUUAAGAUCAUCUUGCCUUUUGACUGAAACCACUCCAAUAGACAAAUUGGACAAAAUCAAAAAACUAAAUCCUAAUAGUAGUGUUGAUGGCAAGACUAUGUAUCUCAAACCUUCUUUUAAAACAAAGAUGAAAACUUCAAAAAGGUAUUUCUAAAUCAAUUUUUAGUCCAUAAUCUAUGAAAUUAAAAACAAGUUCUGUACUAACUUAAAAAAAAACAUUUCCUUCACCUUAAAAACCUCUUAAAGAUAUAGUAAAACAUUAUAUUAAGAGUAAAAUUCCAAAAAGUAGAACUCCAUCUAAAUCACCUCCAUAAAAGAUAAAGAAAUUAUCAAGUCCAUAAUAAAGACAAGUUAGAAGUUAAAGUAAAAAGAAAAUCAAAUAUAAAACUACUAUUAGUUCACCUAAUAAAGUUAAUAAGAAAAGCAAAAAAUAGAAAACUUAAAAUCAAUAUUAUUAACCAUAAAUAAGUAAGGUAAGUUCUAUUAGAUUAAAUACUUUUUCAGUGAGUGAAGAUCCACAUAAAAUGUUAAUGAAUUAGAUUAUUGAUGAAUUACAAUAGAUGAAUGAGAAAUAAAUCAUAGAAUUAUAAUCUUUUUUAAAGAAUAUAAAAUAAUAAAAAAUUGAUGAAGCAAUAUAAACAAGUUUACAUGAAAAAAUAGAUAUUUAAUUGAAACAUCAAUAAAAAGCAUUUCAUGAAAGUUUACCAUUAAAUAUUAUUAAUGAAAUUUGUCAUUAAAGAGAAUCAACUAUAAAUGUAAGAGUUAAAAUGUAAAUGGAUGCAUUUUCUACUUUAUUAGAAUAACAAAAAAUCUCUCCAAGAUCUUUUAAUAAAAAUGGAUAAGUUUUAGAAUAAUGGAAAACAUAGUCAACAGAUAAAUUACAUAAAUGUUAAGAAUUAUUACAAAAAAUGUAAAAUGUAACAAAUAAAAUUCAAUAAAAAACUAUUUAAGAUUUGAAACUCAUUUAAGAAUUAGAAUCAAACAAUUCAAUUGUAAUUUAAUAGUUAUGUAAAUUAUAAAAUAAAUUUAGAAUAAAUGUCAUGUGAUUCAAGUUAUUUGGAGUCUUAAGAUUUAUAUUUACAUUUUCCAAUAUAAAAUUAAUAAUAAGAUUUCAAAAGAAAAGAUAUAGAUUUUGAAUUUCAAGCAACUCCAUAUAAUCUAGAAAUCUAGACAAAUGUUGGAACUGUAAAUUUAUUUGUAGAAUUAUUGUGUGUUAGCAUUUUAAGUAAAAUUUAUAUUUAUUAUAAUUAGAUGAUGAUUUAACUUAAUUUAUUUAGAGAAUGAAUUAUCCUUAUGGUUUAUAGCCAUAUGAUAAAAUAAGAAAGAUUCAUGGAUAUAAUAUUGUUGAAGAUAAAAAAUAUGAAUAUCCAAUAUAGGAUUGUGUAUUCUAAGAAAUAUAGGUAUGAUAAUAUCAUAGAUUAAGCAAAGUAGUAAUCCGUAUGAAUAAAUUCAUAAUAAAGCUAUUUUUGAUACUUUUAAUGAGAUUCUAAAUUUAUAUAGACCAUUUUAUUAUUGUGAUGGUCAACCAUAUCCUUGGGAAUUCAAUAGAAAUCUAAUAGUUACUAUAUACAAUGAGGAUAAUGUGAGUCUUUUAUUAGAGAAGGCUAAGGAAAAAGUGAUAUAGUAUGCAUCAACAUUAUGUGGAUUAAUAAAUGAUGAUGAUGAUAAUAUUUAAUCAAGUUUAAAUUAUGAGGAAGUAUUGUAAAGUUUGAUGAAUUCUGAUUAUUUAUAGUAAUUAAGAAACGAAAGACUUUAAUUGUGCAUAAAGAAUGAAGUAUGAAAUAUAAUAAAUGUAUAGUUAGAAGAGAAUGAAUAUGAAUGGAGAUAUCAUGAUAAAACAGAAACAUUGGUUGAGAUAACAGAUUGUAUCUUUGAAGAUUUGGUAAAUGAAUUAAUGGUUGAAUUGUAUUGA